AUGUCCUCGAUCCAACAACAAGCUUAUGAUUACACGGCCACCCCAUAUCCUGCCUGGUUGUUUUCCACAUCACUUCUUGUAACGUCAUGGCUUCCCAAGUCCGAAAUUCCGCAGCAGGCAGUUAGUCCUGGUCGUUUCUCAUUAUUCAAGUUCAAGACAAAGCCUGUCAGUGCCCUGCCAACCAAAGCAUCAUGUUUGCUCUUUGGUGCCACCGUUGGAUUUGGUGGUUUUAUGAUCUAUGAUAAUGAUUUGGUCAAUGGUUCUGGAUUUGUGAGUGCGUGGUCAAUUCUCUAUUCUUUGGUUAAUGCUAGAAAGGGUAUUUGGAGCUUAAGGCUUUGGCCUAAAGUUUUGGUAGGCCAGGCAUUAUUCACGGGUCUUUUUUACGGCCAAAGAUUCUUCUGGGCUGACAAUAAGAGACCAGCACUUAAACUGAAUUGA